UUGGUGGAUGUUGUGGCGAUUGCACACCAUGCGUCUUAGCCUCUGUUGAUAUUUUCUGCGGUAGAAUAGUAAGUAUUUGUCAUUUCUUGCUUUGCUUGCAUGUAGAUGGUUUGGAAAUUUGUUAGCCCAUUAUGCCUUAGCCAUUUCUUUGCUAUGCACAGGCAGUUGAAUGAAUCACUAAUGUCCAUGUGCUUUCCCAGAUCGAGCUAAGAAAUGUUGCAUCGUUUGAAGGAAUAAAAGGUCGUUUCUGGACCACUUCGGUGCCCUUUAUUGUAAUGCUGUAUUUAGAAAAUUAGUGCUCGAGCUCCACAAGCGUUUGAUCCCUAUUUUCAUGUUAACUUAAAUAAGCUUAGCUUUUGCUGGUCUUUUCUUUUAAAUAUUUUUAAAAAACUGGCUCGUGACGUUCCCUCGUGACGAUCGAUUUCGUCAAAAAUUGUGAAAUGUUUUUUUAAAAAGCGUUUACGUUUACAUCUAAUUUAGGUCCUUCUAAUUUUUCAAAGUUUGUGGAACACAUUAAUUUAAAAACGCUGUUAGCCGAUUAUAACUUACAACUCAUGCUAUGAGAUACAAUGAAGCUUGUAAUUGAAACAAAAGACACUGUAAUUCAUGACGACGAUAUUUACCCUGCGGUCGUUUCGCUUGAGUAAAAAAUUUAGACAAGAGACACCCACCAUGGACCUUAUAUUGCAUCCAGACCAAAAUAUUAAUAAACAGUUUUAUUGACUCGUAUGUUUGGCCCUUUACUUGAAUAAGUUAUUGUUUUCAACAUUCUAAGCUUACGUGUGUUUCUUUAGCGUUGAAAGCCUCCUCUAUUAAUCUGGGCGUGAUAAAAAAAGUUAAAAUUGUCAUACUAAAUCGUUUUGGCGGAGCAAGCGCUUAAAUUAAUGCGGAAGAAAUAGGAAAAAGCAAUCGCUCCACAGUUUGCUACUGACUUAAUAAUACAGUAAUCAUUUGAAAAAAAAUUUUUAAAUGUUGAUUACAAAGACCUAUUGUUCUCAGAUAAGAUGGAAGAUAACCCAUGGUAUAAAUGUAGUUUUUCAAAAAUUUUGAAACCACACAUAACCUUCCUUCACCAGUCAAACUCUGUUAUAUUUUAACUAGUCAUAGUUGACGCUACAGAUGCCCCUGCUCUAUGUAAUGUUGGUCGAUAGUAUUCUUGGUUGUUGUGUAGCUCUUUGAAAUAUAACGAUUCUUAUUUUUAUAUUUUCACACAUAUUUCUUACAAUAGGUGAGGUUAAAACAGGAAACGCAAGGUUCCGUGCACUGGUUCAGUUCAAUAUACACAGCUUUGAUCAAAACAUUCUCAGUUUUGAGAAUAGCUUAUUCUAAACCAUAAGAAAAGAUUUAGUUAGAAGUUGGGAUUUUUUGCUAAAUUCUCUUUCACUUUUUUUAUACAGUUCAUUUUAAUUGCUGAAAAGUAAGACUUAGAAAUUCAAACGUUUGAUCUAUUCAUGCUCGCACAUUCUAGUCUUUUUUUUUUACUUUUAAGACAAUACUUUUAAAUUUUUUUUUACAGAAGGACAUCUCUGGGAAAGGGAAUAAGUCGGCACAGAAUUUAAUUGUCGGCAAAUUAUUAAUGUAAUCGACCAUUGUUCUGCUGGUGAUAAGCUAGCAGUUGAUUCACUUGUCUUGCUUGUUUGUGGACUGAGUCUUAUUCCCCCAAAACUGAGAGAAAGAGUGUCUUGUCAAUCGUUUCCAAUCAAAGAUAUGAGAAUGAUAAACUCAUUUCUGGUAAACUCUCCAAGUGUUUAUUACAUGUACACAGUUAUAUGCACCUUAUAACUUCAUCUGUGCUUAAUGAGUGUGGAGUUGACUACAGUAUGUUGCCCAGUAUCCGGACACUUCAGUUUAAGAUUGCAAUAACUUUCCUUUGUUAAUCGUAAGAGCUCUGAAAUUUGGCCCAGAGAAAAUCUAUCUAGUCCUUAAUGUGAUGAAAGACAGUUUAACUUUUUUGCCUUUGUUUCCAUCGCGAAGUUAAUAUUUUUGCAGAGCUCCUAUGUUGCCCAGUAUCCGGACACAACAAUAACAACGUAACUGUACAUAAAUUUCGACAGGCAAGCGACUUAUAAGCUUCUCUUGCAGUUGCAAAGUAGUCUGGCAAUCGAUUCCAAAAAUAUAACCUAGCAUCGUGAAACAAAACAUACGAAAAGAACGGGGUAUGGUGGGGAACGCGAGCGGCUGUUUUAAAAAUGGUAUAAUUCUUACUUCCUUGUCUAGGAACUUUUUCACUGAUUUAAGGAAGGCAAUAAAAUUAUCCGUGGACAUGCCGAAGCCGCAAUUUGCAAGCUCAAUUAGCCAAUCUGCAAACGACUUUCUUUCUUCAUUUUUUAUUUAAAAAAAAGCUUGGGGAAGGGACCUCAACCAGACGGUCAAAGGUCACUCUCCUGUUUAGUCUGACCUGCAGUGUUGAUUUCUUCAUGCUCAGUCCCCACAAUAAGCCUGCUUUUCUAGCACUAAUUCCUCCUUCUUUCACAUCUCUCAAUCCCUUUGUGACAUUUUUCAGAGCGUUACAACCCCAUUCUAGCAGUCACAACUGGGGAAAGUAUGAGAAUUCCAGGUUCAACUCAGACGCUUUCAGUUAUGUAUAGAAACUACAGUCACGCGAAACAAGACGUGCACACGAAAUCAACUCGCCUCUGAAUGAGUGAAGAAAAUUUCCAUACGGAGUUGAGUAGAAUUACAUUUUAUGGCUAUAUCAUAUAUCCUAAGCUUUUAUUGUAGUUAUUGAUAUGAAAUAAAUCUUAUCCGGAUAAUGUACACAGCUAAUUCAUCGAUUCUGUACAGCAAAGAAAAAACUGUCCGGAUACUGGGCACAUGACAUCAAAACUUUGUGCAUGUUUCUGGCCUCCGUUAUUCCAAACAAAUCGAAUUUCAAGAAGAGUUAAUAAACUUUCUGAAAACCUGACUUCCUUAAGUAUCUUCACUUUAAAAAUAAAACAGUUUCUUUGAAAAUUUCACACAUUACCCUCCCUUUUAUGAGCAGCACUAAUUUUACUGCGCAGUAAACAGCAGAAAUAUUAGCCAUGAAAAGUUUACUCAUCUGAACAGAACGGCGUCUUCCUUGACUGUUUCGCAAGCUUUCAAAUCGCCAAAACUUUUAUCUUGAAGCUGAAAUGUUCAGCUUUCAUUCGAAAUACUUCGUUUACCGAGAACUGAAAAGGGCGCCUCAAAAAUUGAGUUUUUGUUUUAAGUGUCCGGAUACUGGUACCGUCCGGAUACUGGGCAACAUACUGUAAUGUGUUUUUUCAAGCGUUUGAUAAUUCAAACCAAUUUUCUUUUUCUAAGGUGGUUUGAAAAAUUGGCUUCAUGGGCUAUUGACUCAGAGGCCAUGAGGGCGAGAGGAAUAAUUGUUUUAGAAAAAUCAAACUAGUUGGUCAAAAAUAUUGAGAAUAAAAAAAUUUUAGCUAGUUAAAAGCUACAUGUAGAUUUUAAUCCUUUUUUGCCGCCAAAAAGCCCGCGCUUUUCGCUACUUGGGGGCUAUAACAUAUAGCCAAGUAGCCGCUCAACCAAUCAGAACACAGCAUUGAUAAUAGACCACUAGUUGAAUUAUUUUUACUAAAGUAAAGUAUUUAGAUGUAUAAUUAUUAAAGUCAGAGUUGCGGUAUUGUUGUUGUUGUUGUUUAUUUUUUGUCCAUCAAUUUUAAACCAAAUCUUGAUGAUUUUUGUUAAGUUCCUAUCUGGUACAUAGUGCUUUGUAAUAAAUAACAGUUGUAAGUCAGUGUGCUUGUGUUGCAACCAGCAUUAGUUAAUUUUAAAAGUGAAAAUUUAAUGAUUAUUUAAAGUAUUCUUUAAUCACAGAAAUUUCCAACGUGCCUUAAAUUUGGUUCUGAGUGUACUGUUAGUGUUGCUAACAAUGACUUUUCCCUAUUUUAUAGGUGAGGUAUUGGCAGAAAACUUCCAAACUUUGGAAAUGGCACUAGCUUCACCAUCACAAAGUGCACCAGAUAUACAAAGAGUCCUCUUGAGGCGGCCUUCACAAAGCUCAUCUCCUUCUCUCAUCACCCCAGAGGUCCAGGCUGUUGAUUUUUGUCGUAGUAAACCCAAAUUAGUCGAACUUGAAAAGAUGCUGUUUUCUCUAGCCAAUGGCAGUGUUAGUUUACAAGAGGCAAAAGACAGCUGCUUAUCCUUGUUAUGUGACAGCAUUAACACGAAGGAAAUCUUUAAUGUUUUUUGCUCCUGUAGUUGGACGGACCGAUACAGAGAUCCUGCAAUCUCUCAGCUUUUUUAUGAACUUGUAAAUAUCCAGCAAGAUAGCAGUGAUUAUGCACUAUUGCUGAAUGAACUAGAGAUUGCAUGUGAAGAAUUGCUGAAAGUAUUAACUCAUCUUGGAACUCCAAACACUCUGCAAUUCAACAUUGUUUCUCUCUUGCAUAAUCUAAGUAGAUUGGAUGAUCUCCCACAAUCACAUCUGGAGGCUGUGCAGAGUUACCUUGAGGAGAUUGCGAGGGCCUUGUGGCCUUACAGCAGACCUUCUGCCCCUGAUUUGUGGAUGAGUGAGGCCUUUUGUGACGCUCAGUGUGAUGUCCUUAAAGCUUGUGGUACAUUUCUUGAAGCUAAGUGCCCUGUAAAUACAGAAAAAACAUUCCAGAAGAUCAGUUCCAAGCUGAUUUCUAGUGAACUCUCGCAGUAUUCCAGGUUUCGAUUGCUUGAAAUUCAGGAGCUGCGAUCUUCUGGCUGGAAACUUCCUGUGGCAGCAGUGAAUUAUUACAAUGCUACAUAUCAAAAGGUACAUUGUAAGAAUGAUUUAUAAUGGUAAUAGGACUGAGUGGAGUCCAAUUGGGUCUGUAAUCAUACGAGUGAUCGACAAAUCACGAGUUCAGUAUGAUUACAGACUGAAUUGGAUGACACAAAGUUCUGUUACCAAUUAAUCAUAACUAUAACAAAAUUUGUGAUAUUUUAGGCUUCUUUUUGAAAUCAAAAUACAAGAAAUUCUAAGAGUUUUUUUUGCUAGCCAUUGAAGUGUGUACAUGUGAUGGCAUGUACUGUCCAAGUGCUAAGACAUGUUGGCACUGUCCUAUUACACUGUCCUGUUAGUGCUGAAAUCAGCACAGUUGAUAGCCUAUCUGAUUUGAGAAUUAAAGUCAUAUAGUGACGAUUAUUAACAUUAUUGUACAACUGUAUCUACUAAUCUUAGUUAAGGAUGACUUGUGGCAAGGCUGUUUUAGCACUGUGCUGGUUCUUGUGAUAUUUUCUAUUAAUAUUCUUGUAGCAUUUUGAUAGAAUGUCAAGCAUUAUUAAUUUUGAUCAAAACACUUUUCAUAAUUUUUAGUCCAAAAAAUACCAUGCUUAUUAAUGUGUGAAUUUUAUCCAAAUCUUGUACACAUGUAAAGUCACUCUCACCCUAGGGACACUUUGUUAUUACAGGUACCCUGAUUAUAAGAGGCCUCACAAGGCCUCACAAUAUUGGUGAGGAAAACGAUGAAGAAACAAAGUUCACAAUGUAACCUCAACACAAAACAAAAGACCUGCAACAUAUAGGGGUCCACUGAAAUUGGAGGUUUUAGACAGUAGCUAAACUUUGGGAAAAGUUACAUGCAUUUGACUGAAACUCCUGUUAUUACACGUACAUAAUCCUGCUUAUGUACACUUUUUUAGGUGCCAACAGCAUAAUGUUAUUGUUCUGGCUCUCGUUAUAACAUACACAUAAACCAAGCAGUCUCUAUUCAGUUAAUGGUACAGUUUCUUAUGGAACAGGUCCCUUUGGUAAAUACCAAAACUCUUGGAUUAUGACUGCAGAUAAAAAUGUUGAUAAAAGUUGAUGUAACCUACAUGUUAGCAUGCGAACGACAGACGUUUCUCCUCGCUCAUAGCCGCUAAGGGAUGUUUCUCGAGGAGGAACGUCUGUGACUCAGCCACAGAAAUUCCAUACUGAUGAUGUAAAUCAAUGUUUAUAUAAUAAAUCUGGUAGUCAUAGGGUUUUAAAUGCAAAUUUGUUCAAUUUUAUGUUUCUCCUGGUUGAUUUUGGUGAAGUGUUUUGUUCAUCUGUGAAUGAGCUCCAGCAAAACUCAAAUGCUACUUUAAGAAAAGACUAUAUUCCACAAAUAUUGACUGUUUUGUUAGAGAUUCAUCGCAUUUACAUUUGACCUUUGCAGCCUUUUGUCUUUUGUCUGUCAUUUGUAAACAAUAGCGAAAACAAUGAAUCUACUCCAUCAACCAAUUAGCGCUUCUGACUGGAUUCCAGACAAAUUUUGCGUCAUCAGUAUGGAAUUUCUCUCGCUGAGUUGCAGACGUUCCUCCUCGUGAAACGUUCCUCAGUGGUGAUGAGCGAGUAGAAACAUCUGCGGUUCGCAGGCUACCUACAAUGUAGUCAUAAGAAAUUUGUGCCAGCAGUAUCCAACCAUGGUUUAUUUUGUCUUGAACAGCUGAGGAACCAACCUAGAGGGAACCAAACAAUCAGUAAUUCUACAGGACCUUUAAAAAAUGGUUUGAAAAGGAUUAAUUCCAUGGAGGAAAAGAAAAGCCAAAAUACCGGCAAACCAGUGACUGUGCUGAGAAUAAAAGAGAGUGAUCUAAGAAUGUCAUUUCAAAACUUGGAUGAAGACUUUUCUCCAAGAGAAGAAGUUGUUAAAGAGCAACAUGUUUUGGUAGAUCACAACCAGCGUUCAUCCUCUAGUGAUGAAAAAUUGCCAGUGUCGACCCAAAAGAGAGUAUCUGUUGGUUUUGGCAAUGAGAGCUUCAGGACCACUCCUGUCAAUAAGACCUUGAGUGACUCAAACCUUUGCCAAACGGAUCUGAUUGCUAAAAAGCUUCAAAGUGAGAAACUUUCUUCACCUCCAUGCAGUGCAGUAGAUACUAAAUUAAGAGCCCCUUUUGAGAAUAUGUCCAGCAAUGGAAGACAACAGGAUAUGAAUGUGGGUGCCGAAACAAAUCCUUCGACCCCACUUUCUUAUAAUUCCACCGGGCAUGUUGUGGAACGCGUGUCAUCUCCAUGCAGCAGUGAUGACAGUGAUGAUGUUUUUACUAACACAGUUGCAAGGGACAAAAUCAUCCCGGCAAUUCGUAGAGGUGACUUCAAAAAAGCACGGCGACCCUUCAAGAGUGACUCUUCGUUGCCCUCAACCACUAAAAGUCUGGAGAAUUAUUUAGAUUCCAAAAAAAGUAACUGGAAGGUUGAACCUACAGUGUGCAGUCAAACAAUUGAGUUGGUGACAUCUGAUGCAAAAGAUCAGCUCGAAAGUGACUCCUGCUCAUUUCAGGUUGCCGAUGGUGCACAUGUAUCUGAUAAUAAUUCAGACAGCCCGAUUGUUGCUGAAGUGGAUCAUGGCACCAAUACAUGUAGAACCUCAAGUGAAUGGGAAGUUGAAGAGGGAUCAAAAGUUAAUGCUAACGAAGAGAGUACAGAAAGUGUAAGCUUGCACAAAACUGCUGAUAAAGGUGACCCUAGCACCCACCACACUACAAAAGAACAGACAGCUCUAAGAGCAUCAAUUGGUGAUGAAACACUUGAAGGUGCCAAAGGUGUUAGCUUAUGUAAUGAAGCAGAUAGCUGGAGGGAAAGACCAUCCGAGAAUAAGACACAACCACAAAACACAACUAACGUCAAUGAUACAUCUAAAGAAAAUUGGAGAGAUAGUUGUAGAAAGGUUUCAAGUUCAGCAGACUUUUGGGGAAGUGGCUCAGGUAACGAGAACUGGCGUUUUAAUAAAUCAGUGAGUGUUGAUGAGACAACAAAGGAUACAACCCCUUCAUCAAGUGAGCAUUCUAAAAGAUACAGCACUGGUGACAUUAAGUAUGAACGUCAGGAUUCAGAUGAGAAAGGUUUGUUCAUUUAGAAAGAAAGUGUACUUUUACUGCACUUACAUGUACAGUGUAUGUACAGUCAUUUAUUUAUUCAUUAACUGCCUCAGCUACAACCUUCUUUGCUCAGUGGACCUGCACCUUGUUAUUUAAUCAUUAAGUCCAUUGUUUGGGUCUUGCUGACGCAGCUUCUUUUUUGUUGAGACAGAGAUACAGUCGAAUCCCUUGUGAGCAACCACCCAAAAUGCAAAGACUGAGUGGUCGUUUAUGGGAGGUGCCCGUUAACAAGAAUCGAACCAUGGGGUGUCUCUUCCGAGAGCAGGCCCAGGCACAUGUACUUUCUGGAAGAUAAUUUAUUGUGUGCACUGUCACAAAGUUAGGACGUGUAGUUCCAUGUUGUCACCAAAGUUCUUUGUAUUAUUCUAAGUAACAUAGUGCUCACAGCGAGGAUAGAGAUCAGAGCAUGCGUCAAGUGGUCGCUUACAACAGGUUAAAAACAAUGGAAAAUCAUUAACCCUCAGGCCCAAAAAGACGUCGUGGUUUCUUACAGGAGAUGGUUGUUUACUAGAGGUUCCAAGUGUAAGGCUUUGACUGGGAAAUGUUUGGUGUUUUGGAUUGGCGGUUGCUUAUGGGGGGUGGUCGCUUAUGAGAGGUGGUUGCACAUGAAGGCUUAACUGUAAAUUAUCAGAAAAUAUUUUCUUUGUCCUCAUUAAAUGUAAAAGACAGCAAGUUGGUAGGAGAGAAUGGGGUGCAGGUAUGUCACUAAGGCCUGGGAGCCAGAAUUCUCCCGCUACUUUCAUAGGAAACAAAAGAAACAAUUAUUAUUCCUAGCUGUUCAAUUCCCUACCUACAAAUUGCAUGAUAAAAAUAUACUUGACAAUUUGAAAUCUUCACAAUAGCCUUGAAGAUGCAAAUAAGUUGAAAAAAUAAAUAAAUAAUAAUCAAAGAGCAAGAUUUUGCUCCAUAUUAACUAAGGAAGAUCACCAUACAUGUACAUGUAUGCAUGCAUGCUAGGAGUUACAUGUAUUUCUGUUCUUCUUUGGUUGUUUCUUUUGGUGCUUUGCACACAAGACAUGUGCAGUAAUGGCGCCACUAGUUUGGUCUUAAUUUCAUUAUUAAAUACCUGCUCAUUAACCUCUUUCAUAACAAAUACGGUUUGAUUGAAUUAAUUAAACAGUGUUCUGUAGAGUCAACAAAUGCCACGUCCAUCAAUAAAAGGUGAAAUAAACUCUUUGUGCUCCCCUUUGCUACUGAACUGUAUAAAAAAAGUUACAGUAAAAUUAGUACUUUUAAGUCUGAAAGACAAGAUGGAGUUCAAUCAUUUUUUAAUUCAAGCAGUGCAACUUAAGUUUGAAAUAAACAUCAAAGGGGUAUACAUGUGGUUGAAAAAAAAAAAAAAGAUUACGUGUAUGGUACUGGUACCCUACAUAUAGCUGCUCUGUACUGUCAGAUUCUCAGUAUACAUGUACAAUAAAUUAUGCUUGUAUGAUUAUAGUGCAGGUCAAAAUGAAAUUCAGGUUUAAAAAUUGUUUCAUUCUCAAUUACCUUGUCCCCCAGCCCUAACUUUUCAUUAUUAUGAAUAGCAAGGGUUGAGAAACAAAGAAAACUGAGAAUAAAACCAGCCUAAGGGUGAGAUUUUGAAAGCCUGAAAUUACUUGCUAUACUCGAUUGUGAAGCCGCCUACGUUUACAUCCUAGCUGUCUACUUUAAAUCUCCAUGAGAACCUUGUGUAGAUACCGUAUCUGCUUUUCUUUUUAUAGUUAAAAGAACCAGAGGAGGGUUUGGGCUUCCUACACAGGCUACCCAUGAUAGCAAGGAAACUUUAAGGUAAUAUUAUAUCACUCUCCAGAGGGCUCAAAAUUGCAACCUAUUAUAGUAACAUUUUUAACUUAAUAUUCUGCUGGUGAUUUACAUGUAAUCUUUCGGAAAAGUUUGUGAAAGAACUUUGUCAUGAUACAAUUAUUUUUAAGUGUUUUGCAUGCUGUAAAAAAACUGGGAUGAGGAUGCUUUUAACUUUCUUACUUAUUUCUAGGUGAUUAAUUGUAUGUGUCAGACUUUCGCAAAAACUGCAAAGCAAAUAACAAAGCUUAACCCGAAAAUUACCCCUAUGUUGCAGGCAAAAAACUUGUUUCAAUGUCAAAGCAUUAACUAGAUUUGGGGAAUAAAAAUAUUAGAUGUAAAUAUUGUUGGUGGCUUUACAGGUGUAUUUUCAAUUUUCAGCCCUUCCAUUUAUUUAUUUUUCUUGAAAGGAUUUGCAGUGAUAGCAGCGUGAAAAUAGGCCCAAGUAACUUCUAUGUUAAACUGGUAAAAGGUUAAUUGCUUUAUUUUUGCCAUUGUAGUGAGGAAAAUCUUGUGGCAUCUGAAUCAGAACUUCUUGAAAUUCAAAUUAGUGAAGAGGAAAACCAAGGUGUGUUAUUUGAUACACUGUACAUCUGUCAGAUGCCCUGUCUGAUGCAACUUUACUUCUAAUAAAUUGUUUUAAAAUAAUUUUUGUUUGUUUUUUCUAUACUUGAGUAUCAGAAAAAAGAGAUCAUAUUAUUUUUUUUUCUCUCUCAGCUCUUCACUGGAGGAAAGUUAAAGAUAUCCAGGUAUUUUUAUUCUUCCUCAAAGUAUACGCAGUUUUUUGUUACAAAAUUCUAACCACAAAAUCAAUGAUGAUACAUGUCUUCCUUACUGUAUGUUAACAACUGUGUCGCAAAGUGGGAGUUGGGUGGCUGAGAUAUCAAGGAGCUUCCACUAAUGGCAGCCAGCUCCUAGGAGGAGAACGCUCCCAUGGCUUGCAAAUCCUGGCAACCUAGCGAUAAGCCCCCAAACAGAAGGGAAGAAAGCAGGCACCGUCACACUGAGCAAGUCACUGUAAAGAGGGAAGGGACCAGGGGGGUGGGAGGGGGGCGGUGGCUAUAAACUGAGUCCCUAUGAUUGAGAUGCCAAGGCUGAGUAAAUGCUCGCUAAAAACUGCCCAAACACGCCAAAAAUGCGAGAACGCUAAAAAUAAUUACAAGCUAGAAGAAAAAUGCCCUGGAAACUGCUAAUAACUGGCUAGACAUGCCAGAAUGCUGAAAAUACACUAGAAAGUGCUACAACACACACAAGAGCAAGAGCACUUGGGAUACUGGUGUAUCUGCAUCUCGCAACACCGCUGGCCAGCAAGAUAAGGCUAGCACACCUUGUUGUUAAUUCUGUUAAAUUGCAUUUAACUGCAUUAUAUAACGUUUACAAUCAAACUAUGCCAAGUAAAAGAACCAUCUUGAAUAAAAAAAAUUCAGAUUGAUCACCAGUACUGCACACGUACAAAUGUAUAACCCUGUUCUUUGCAAUGACAGUGUAGAAUGCUUAAUCAAGCUCACUGGGAAACCAAGCCAACUGCAAGGCAGUGAUGUUAUCUGAUACAAAUAAGUCAUUUUACUGUUGCAGUCAGUUUCAAUUUUCCAAGAAAGGUUCUUAACUAAAUUGCUUGUUUGUAGAUUGACACAGGUUGUAGGAUAUUUCACAACAGAGAGAAAUGUAUAGUGGAGAUUAGAGGUGACCCUGAACAGUGCAAGGUACUAGUAAAUUUAAGCAGUGUAAAGUGACUACACAGAGAAAUGUUUAGAUUUAAUUUUGCCACACUUUAACCGAAUUGACAGGUACAUGUAAGGCCUACACAACAGAGCAUGGCUUCAAGUCAAUCGCUGCCUUAAGAAAGGCAAUUGGGGUGGGGGGGGGGGGGGGCUCACACCUUAAGCAACAACAAUGAUGACAGCAUCAAGAAGGUCAAAAACAGUUGGUUUUAUAACCAGAACAACAACUUUGUACUUGUGUUUCAUGUUUUGGUUUAUUUCUUUGAAAUCCAUUGCAUGACUAUGAUGUGCCUAACGCUUUCUGCUGUUUCAUUGGCAAGUAGUCAGGUGGCUAAAGGCUCAGAUCUAUACAGAGUGGACAAAAGCACCAAACUCUGCAUGGUUGUAGCUUAGGGUAUGUUAGUCAAUAUUAGGAUCGGUGCCCACAGCUACCUCUUCAGGAUUUGCAGCAACUGCUCGCUGAAGUUCUUCAACAACCUUCCAUGAUGGGUGGCCUGUGCCGAAAAUUGCAAUCACUUGUUUUUUGCCAUUUUUUGAUGAAAAUCACAUAAAAAGGGAAGUAGAUGGAAAAAGAAUAACUGUAUUAAUACUAUUAUUAUUGAAACCAAUGACUAAAACAAGUCAACUUAAUGAUAUAGCAAUUAUGGUAUACCAUGGUGGGUAUCCUGUGCUACAAAUAUCAAUUCCUUGAUUUUUGCCAUUAUUUUGAUGAAAAUCACAUGAAAGACAAGAAAAUAAACAAAGAAAUUGUAUUAUUAUUGAAACCAAUGACAAAAACAAGACAACUAAAUGGAAAAUCCAAGGAAGAUGUUUUCAGACGUGUACUCAGUCCCAAAUAGCCUUUCAAGAUGGCGGCUUGAAGGUGUCUUUUCAUGGACUGUAAGUAUCUCCUAGAAUAAAUUGCCGUUUUUUAGGGGAAAUUGUGCACAAUUUGAAUCACGACAGGUUUAAGUGAAGUUUUCAGCUCUUCUUGGGGAUAAAUUUGUUAUCGAAAGCUACAUUUUUGCUUCACAUUUUGUGCAGAUUAUGAAUGACUAUACUGAGUUUAUUGACCUACUGGUUAGUUAAAGGUUUCUGAAGCUGAGAUGUUUUCUACACACCAGGAUGGAUAUUAACUGGGAUCGUUGUUAUAUUUGCCAAGAAUCAACAAAAGAAGAUUUGAGAAGCCCACUGGUUUAAUGGUACAAGCAUUAAUUUAUAGAUUGCUCCUUGAAAAUGUACUAAAAAGGCUGAAGUGCGAAAUAGGCCGCACAUGUCAGAGGAACGCAAGAAGAAAAGUGGAGCAGCUUAGAAGGUCGAGGAAGACGAGAAAUUAAAUAAAUCAAGAGCAUUUGUUGAACUCACUGAGUACAGAGCAAAUGCAGUGGACAAUGAUACACAUUUCUUUAUACUUGCCAAACUUCAUAUUAAGCGGUAUUCGUUACAAACAGAGGCACACACUUUGCAGUCCCCCUAUAGUGUCAGUCUUACAAGCUCGUUUGGUGCCACAAUCUCCAACUGGCUGUUUCUGAUCUGCUUUAACAUGCUUUUUUCUCUUUUCUAGUUUGCUUUUUGUAAUUUGGACGUAAGGUGACAGGAUUGAUGCCACUUUGCACUUCAGUAGCGUGUUUACUACUGUAGUGAUUUCAAUAUGAAACUUAAUGGCAACCAGACGGCACAGUCCUCUUUCUUGAAUUCUAGUAAAUUGUCAAGGAGCGUUCUAUAAAAAAUUAUUCUGUUAAAUUAAUGGGUUUCUCAGAUCCUCUCUUUUCGAUUCUCACCCUAGGUAAAUAUGACAACGAUCCCAACUGAUUUCCAUCUUGGUGUGUAGAAACUAGUUUAAUCUCAAUCAUGAUAAGACUGAAAUCAUGCUUAUCUUGUCGAUGUACCGUAAUCGUCCACCCUUUAGCGACGUCAUUAUGGGUAAUGCAAGGCUAAGAACCGCCACCAACAAAGCCUGGGAGUAGUAUUUGAUGACAACUUGCUGUUUGACGCACACGUCUCAGCAUUCUUUUGCAGAUUAUCGUUUCACCAACUCAGGAAUGUAUCAAAGAUAAGAAAGUGUCUCACACAGGAGUCUAGUGAAAUUGCAGUGCAUGCUUUUAUUACAUCUAAAACAGACUAUUUAUUGCAAUUCUUUGCUCUAUGGUUGUAGGAAAAUGCACUUGAAGGAACUUUUAAUAAUAUGUUCAGACACUGGCCCUAGGAUCGUUACUCGGACUCGUAAACUUUGCGAACACAUCAUUUAUUUGACCUUCACUGGCUUCCUGUUAGUUAUCACGUUGUUUUUAAACUUAUUUUGUCAGUUUUCAAAUCACUUAUUUAAUACCCUUCCACCUAGCAAUCUAGCGGACAGUUAUCGAAGGCCUUCCAGGAACUUGUGGUCCGCAUCUCAGCAGCUCUUAGAACAACCUCGAAAACUCACGGGGAAAAGACUUUUUCAGUGUGCCCCCCUAAACUCUGGAACUCACUACCAUUAGCUAGAUUUUCACAAGUCACCAUCUUUAGCCAGUUGAAAGAAAGGACUGAGAACAUAUCUUUUUACGCAAUUUUUAGAGAGUAAGUCAGUACUUUUGUAAAACGUCUUUAAUAUCUGCAGAUCAUAUACCUAUACUUAAUUAUAGAAUGUAUAUUUAGUUUUUUGCACGACUUAUUAUCAUUAUAUAUAAACUUUAAAGGCAAAAUAACUUUAAAACAGAUGAAUUCUUGUUCUUUGUGAAUUGCAAAUAGAUUUUAAUACAUGUUAUUUCAUGCUCGAGAUAUAAUUUUUUUUCUUCUUUAACAUUGUAAAACACCAUGCGCUCAGGAUAUGAGCGCUAUAGAAAGAAGCUAUUUUUACUAUUAUUAAUUUUAACCAGUACGAAAAUAAACUCAGUAUAGUCAUUCAUAAUCGGCACAAAAUGUGAAGAGAAAAUGUAGCUUUCGAUAACAAAUUUAUCACCAAGAAGAACUUAAAAUUCACUUAAACCUGUCGUGGUUCAAAUUGUAUACAAUUUCCCCUAAAAAACGGCAAUUUAUUCUAGUAGAUACUUACAGUCCAUGAAAAGACACAACCGCCACCUUGAAAGGCUAUUUGGGACUGAGUACGCGUCUGAAAACAUCUUCCUUGGAUUUUCCAUUUAGUUGGCAUGUUUUUUUUCCAUUGGGUUCAAUAAAAAAUACAAUUUCUUUUUUAUUUUCAUGUCCUUCAUGUUAUUUUCAUCAAAAUAAUGGCAAAAAAAAGGAACUGAUUUUUUUAGCACAGGGCACCCACCAUGGUACAUCAUAAUUGCUAUAUCAUUAAGUCGACUUGUUUUAGUCAUUGGUUUCAGUAAUAAUAGUAUUAAUACAGUUAUUCUUUUUCCAUUCACUUCCCUUUUUAUGUGAUUUUCAUCAAAAAAUGGCAAAAAACAAGUGAUUGCAAUUUUCGGCACAGGCCACCCAUCAUGGAAGGUUGUUGAAGAACUUCAGCGAGCAGUUGCUGCAAAUCCUGAAGAGGUAGCUGUGGGCACCGAUCCUAAUAUUGACUAAAAUACCCUAAGCUACAACCAUGCAAAGUUUGGUGCUUUUGUCCGCUCUGUAUAGAUCUCGCCAAAAUUUUGCACUAAGCCACCGGACUAAAGGAAAUGUGGAGGUUGUAAACAUCACCAAGUUUUUUUGUGAAAUGUUACCAGAUGCUUACUGCAGAGUAAUUAUGCAACAGGUUUCUAGCUUUUGGAUUGGCUCUAUCAACACUUCUGUUGUUAAUAUCAGCAUGAACUGUUUUCCAUACAUUCCUUCUGCUGUUAAUGAGCAGGGGCAAUUUAAUAAAACUUUUACACGUGUAAUUUACAAGUGUAGCCAUUGUUUUAGAGUAUGAAAACAACAGUUACACUUGUGAAUUACACUUGUAAAAGUUUUAUUAAAUUGACCUCAGAAUAGGUAUAUAAACACUGACUUUUUUGGUGAUUGCUUCCCCCAUUCUCGUGAUGUCAAUGUUUGAUAAGGCAGGGAUAUUUGUAGAAGAAUAAAAUUUAGCUGUUGGCAACUAUAAGGUUACAUCGCUCAUCUCCCAUCUUUGUUGCUUGCUUUCACUCUCUUUGCGAGGAUCCCUCACACCUUUGGCGCUCUAAGAGUCAACUUGUCACAAGUCUAAGGAUUUGAUUACUCCUUACUUACUUUUUGGUGUGGUGAAUACAUCUCCGCUUAAGUUCUCUGCCAGAAUGUCAAAAAGUGAUAAUGGGAAAAAGAAUGUGGAGAACAAAGGUACAGAAAUCUGACCAAUGUGAAACUGAUAUUGUCUGUUUUAUCUCCUUCAGGUUGCCAAGAAGAGGGUGUACAGUGUUGUAGCUGCACUUCAGGAAGAGUUUGUAAGUUAAAUAAAGACCUAAGGACAUGUUACUUUACUGUAGUUUCAGGGCUGUUAAUUCAUCUUUUGAGAAAGGAAAAAUGCCUGACCAAGUCACUAUUUCAGUCAGACAAACUAGAAAAGUUGUCAGGCAUACAACUGUACAUUAUAAUUAUCGGUUGUCACUCUGACUGAGGGAUAAAUUCUGUCAGACAUCAGUAAAUUUUAGUGAGACAUGGUCAGACGACCGACUGUUAUUUGCAGCUUUGAGUUUACUGCAGUGUAUAUUGCAGACUAGAAAAUGUUUUUUUCUACUCAGACAAGUACAUUCUUUGGUGUUCUCAAUGGCAGUGGCCAUAUGAAAACUAAAUGAAUUGUACAAAGGAUGAUUAACUUGACAUCAAGCUACAUGUAGGGUUGAUUUUUAAUCAGAAUGUUAUUGAUAACCGGAAUUUAAUUCCAAGUUGUGGUUUUAGAAACAUAACCUUGUGAUAGUGCUGACUGGUUUUUUGGGUAGUAUAUACACACUGAUAAAUAUCCAAAUAAAUUACGAUAAAUAAUCGCUACUAAUGCAGUCAGUAAAGUUUUUCAUAUUUUGUUUUCCACCAGGGUGCCCUUGUUCCACUGUCAGAAAAAAUUCUUGAACAUCUUCAAACAGAAGGUCGCAGUUUGCUAGCUGAAAGACUGGCCCUUUGCUCAGGAGCUAAUGUCAAGAUGAUAAGCGGUAAUUUUCUUUAGCUUUUAUGGUACUUUGUUUCUGUGAUGCUUUUGUGGCUGGUAUAAAAGAGGAGGGGAGGGGAGGGGAGGGUUAAAAGCUAGUGGAGAUUCCCCUCCAACCCUUCCCUGUAUACUACUGAAUGUGGUGUAGCAAGAAGGGGGGAAAUUAUUUCUUUUAUUUUGCUUGUUCUUGUAAUCUAUGUGGGAUUGUGUUUUAUGGAAAUGCAAGUAACUCGAGGGAUUAUGCUUGUAGAGUACGAGACGUAUACCGUUGUGUGAUAAACAUAGGGUGUCCAACCUGAUUGUAAUUCAUUCUAGUCACAACUUUACCCAUUUCUUAGAACGUAAGACCGUUUACAUUUUAACCCUUUAAACUCUACGAUCAAAAUUUGAAUUUUCAUUUGUUGCCUCUAUUCAUUUCCUACAGAAGUAGUGGGAAGAAGUUGCUAAAAGAUCAAGCAAAUUCAUCUUGUGUGAUCAUGCCCGUAAUUCUCAUGACCACUCUAUUUUCCAAAGCAUUGUUAUUGCAAGGAGAAAUUUGAUGCUGAUCACUCUUAGGGCUUAAAGGGUUAAGGGCUCACACAUGCACGUGCACUUUACCUGACUCACAAUACUGUAGCUACAGUGUAUGUACAAUAACAUAUUUUUUAAUUCAAAGAUGAUCAUUACUUGUUUUAGACACACAACUGUUUAUAUCUGGUUACCGUACUUGUGUAAACCUGGCAAAGAAUCAGCUCGCCAAGAUCAAGGUUAUGGUGAGUACUGUAUGCACCUUUUUUUUCUUGCUUGCCCCCUCUUUACUCUUAGCCCCUCACGUGUUGCACGCGCUUCGCUCGCAAUUUUCGCUUACCUUCCAGUUUGUGUUGAGAAUAUAGGAGGAAGCUUAAACCAUGAAAGCGACGAAAACGUUAGAAAAGUGCAAUCGCGUGACUUGUUCUCAUUGGCUCUUUUUCCAUGUCUUUUUCAUUUGUCAAAUGUUGGUUAAUUUUUUGUUUUCACACCAUUUGAUAGCUUUUCUUGUUGACACGAAAAGCUAUGUGGUUUGGUAUGUACAGCGACGGCCCGGACUAGAGUAAGUUAUUCACACUUGAAGCAUUGUGCCGGCGGGGUUGGCUGAGAGGGUUUGGUGCAAUAAAUGGGCCACUUCCGAGUUCCAAAAACCCUCACUUUCAAAAUGAAGCUAGGCGCACACUCUUUCUUGUGAAAAUGAGUUUUACUUGCAUGAAAAUGAAAAAUGAUUUCCAUAUCAAAGGCUGAGCACCUACCCUCGUUUUGAAACAGAGGGCCGGGGGAACUCGGAAAUGGCUUAUUCCAUCCUCACUCCUGAAUAUGAUAUUUACUUCCGUCUUAGUGGGUUCCAGUCCUCGCUCCUACUUAUUCACUUCAGCUAUACGGUCAAAAUACCUGUUCAUACUGUACCGUAGUGUGGCACAGAACCUUUCCGAUAUGGGACGCUCAACUUUAGAGAUUGGCGCCGCACAGCUUCGCUCCGUAACAGAAAUCGCGCCGAAAUUACCGUUGUUGUAUGUGAUCCGUAGCCCUAUCCAGUAUCUGGUAUAGUGUGAACAUAGCUAUUGCCGCUCUCGUACCCGUCGCCGUUGGCGUUGCGUAGGCUUCGUAGUAAGACUGUGAAAAAAAGUACUUUUUAUUUGAGUGUCAAUGCAUAUAGCACGAAAGUACUAAUUGGGACACUAUAUUUUACGUCUCAAACUGGAGACGGGACCGCCAUUUUACGUGGUCAUCCGAGCCACGCGAAGGUCUAGCCUGUUGCAGUGCAAAGGGAGUACCUUCAUUUCUCGGUUAUUUUAAGACCCUGAGUAUUGGUCCGGCCCCAGGAAUCGAACCCGCGACCUCCCGCUCUGCAGUCAACACGCUCUACCGACUGAGCUAACACUGCCGCGGUAAAAACACUCUUACACCUUAGUAUCUGAAUGUACCCUCACCAUUUGUUGUUAUAUUGUAAGUGUAAUAUCUCUUGAUUUACAGCUAAAGUACACAGAUGAUCCAGACAUCAGUGUAGCAAGUCCGAGCCAACCAGAUAGUGCUGAAGAAGAGAUUGAACGAGUGGGCAGACUGUUUGCAGCGUUAGAAGGGAGACGACAAAGUUUAACAGGUAAACAUUACGAAGGAGUCUUCAUCUGCAACAAUAACAGACAAGUAGUGAGCUCAUACUUCUUGCACUAGACGUUUUCAGUUGGAUUUGUUUUUUCCUCAGCAACGCAUGCUUUCAUUGGCCAUAUCGAGGCAAUCUUAUCGCCAGAGCCUUUGUUUCACUUAUCUGUAAUGGAAUUUUCAAUUUAGAUUUCAAGGAGGGUUUGAAAAGACGAGUUUCCGCUGAAAGUGUUUGAAAACUCCUUGAAUGUUUUGUUCAGAUGGGAAAUAAUGUAGUAUUAUAUCAAAGUAAUUGGAAAAACCCAGUUGUUGGUACUCCUUGAGUCUUAUAACUUGAUAUCAGAGUGUACUGUGGUACUUUAACAUGUGGUGAUAUAUUUUCAUAUGAACGUCCUCCUUUGUGUGAACGAUAAUGAGCUUGAACUGUAUAAAACAAAAUUUAAACCAUUGAUGAAACCAACAUCCUCUACUUGGUCCCUUAGGCCCUGCCUCAAAAACGCACUCUUAUUCAGUGGAGUUGGUUUUAAAGAUAUGUAUUAGCUCUUGUAUGUUCUAUUUUUGGUGGAGGUCAUCCCACUGCGUGAAAGAAUAACAGUUAUCUCCCGGAUACUUAAUGCUACAGAACCAAAAGGAAGCUUCGGCUACACGCAUGUUCUCUUCUUUUUGGCUCAUAAUUGUAAUUUAUACAUUUUAAUCGUGCGCUUAAGGUGGCUCGACUGGAUUUUUUGGGGUGGAUACCUCCCAAGUUUGAGUAUUAACUAUGUCGCCAUGAGUAAAGAUAUGAGAAAAAGAUUACCACAACUGUAUUAUAUAAUGAUGAAAAUUUCUUAUGAUCUGGGUUUUAUUGCAAUCGGAGUCGCCAUGGCAACGUAACGACGCCAUUACGUUUUUUAUUUAUCUUUGUGUUUCUCUGUACCAAGAGUUUUUUUUAAGAAAUCGCUUAAGGGAUUUUGUACCUGCCAUAAUUUGCCUAAUUAUGGCAAAGUUUGAACAAAUUCUAUGAGAGCGUUUUCGAGAUAUUUUGAGACGAAGUUUUAAGCCUCAUAAAAACAGUGAAAUAGCAUGCUGUCCACACAAUUAGCUAAUUUUUUAAGAAAAUGAUAAGCUUUGGAAACGCGGCUUCAUCUCAUAAUGGUUUGAUUCCAUUGAAAACUGCGUACAAAAAAAAGAGGAGAAUUGCUCCGGGUGAUCUCGAGUAAGAAAAUUUUAGUAACUUGCAUUUAGCUGCUUUUGUUACAGUUUUUGCACAUAAUUUGGUCCAUGCCUACAAAUUUCGCAUUUUUCAAAAAACCGCUCGAUAAAUUUUUUUAUAAAUUUUGCAAUCCCGAGAUCAAUCGUCUAUAGAUAUACCCUGCAAGUUUUAAGAACAUUGAAAACAGAGAAGGCUUUUAAAUAGGGCCUCAAAUAUAACCAAUUUUCUCCCCAGGUUUUGUGUUUACAAGUGAGCGUCCUCAUUAUUCACUGGCAUUGUUCCCAAGUUUUAUAUGCACGUGCCCAUUUAGUGGGCACGUAUUUGGUACAGAGAAACACAAAGGUAAAUAAAAAACGUUAUGGCGUUGUUACGUUUUCAUGGUGACUCCGAUUGCAAUAAAACCCAGAUCAUAAGAAAUUUUCGUCUUUAUAUAAUACAGUUGAGGUAACCUUUUUUCCAUAUCUUUACUCAUGGCGACGUAGUUAAUGCUCAAACUUGGGAGGUAUCCCCCCAAAAAAAUCCAGUCGAGCCACCUUUUAACCUGAGACAAGGCCCAAGUUUAGCAGUUUUCAUAUAUUCUCUCAUACGCAUUCGCGCUUUAAUAGGGCUCUCUAUUCGUUUAGCCUUGCCCGCCGGAAUUUCAAUUCAUAUACCAAGCGAAAAAAAAUAGAGCCAAAUCUCAGGCUAUCUUGCGCUAUUCGUAGCCUUGUGUAUAUGCCUUAAAUUUUUCUUUGAACAUUUUGUUACAGAGCGUAGUACUGCGGAUCCAAAGCCCAGCAAAGGCAGCUUGACAAGGGACUUCUUGCUUGCUUGUGCUUCAUCCCCUAUUGCUCAGCAGCGCCCAGCUGAUCUUAGCUUAGAUAGGACAGAGGAUUGGGUCCAAGCCAUUGUGCUAGUUAAUGUGAGUAUCAGAGUGUUUUAAAAAAUAAUUAUGUAGGGUAUUUGCUCUUUGUGGAGUUGCCUGCGAAUACAGACGCCUCCAUCGCUGCCGUCUUGAAGGGACCCUGAUAGCAGAGCCUUACCUUCACCAGCUCGAUUUUAGCGUAAUCGAGAAAGACAUUGCACAAAUAGAGUUAGAUAGUUAUUGAGCAUGUGCAGCUUCUUACUGGGAUACAGGUUCGAACGCCUCCCUAAUAGCUGUGCGCUUGGUACAUGAACAUCGGGCUUAGUUACGAACAUCGACUUAUCAAUAAGUGGAUGCUCGCACUCGGAAAACCAGUUUGACGAGAGAACACAAGAUUGACUAGUCCAGAAGUUCGGCUUUUCGGCGAUUUCACAAGCUUGACGCGAUUCAGGCCGAGCUUCCUCAUCUCCUUCACUCAAGAAGACAAAAGGAGGCACUGUUCGCAAGGUGCCAGCGAGAGGGAACGAUGAGGGAAGCCUGUAUUCGCAGGUUAUUCGUGGAACUGUGCGUCUCAUUUAGCGUCUUUUUUUGUGGAGCGGUGGAAGUUAUUUGCCCGAAGGUUCUGCAAUUUUUGUCAAAGCCGUGUGUUUGUCAGUCACCGUUUGGCGCAUCUGAUGUAAACACUUACCUUUAUCUUCCAAAUGCACCCAAAUGAAGUUAAAAUGUUAUCCGGUUCGAAACAAUGGCAAUGGUAGGACUAUGUCGGUGUUAUAUUUCCCAGUGGGACUGGUUUUGGGACGCUAUCGCUUCUCUCAUUGGUUAUGAUUACAAAGUUGCGCGAGAAAUUGGGUGGAAAUUAGCUUAAAAACUAUUUACUUAUAUUACUUUUUGUUAUUUUCAGGGAAGAAGAGGCGAGGAGGUUCUGUUGGGACAAAGGAGAGGCUUUGGAUCACCUUCGGGUAAUUUGGAUUCUAGAACAAGACAUCCGUCAGUCUAGGGCCUCAUUAUUUCUAUUAACUGUCGACCUUUCAUUAUGGGAUGUCUCAUCAUCGCAAAAAUGUUGUUGAAUGAAACAAGUGCGUUCAACGCAACGUAAACGCAACUCACCGGGCACUGCCCUUAAUCUGAAAGGAACAAGUUUGUGUUUGGGCAUGCAUGAUUUAAUAUAAAUGACAUCGUUCUCUUGGCAUCUAGACCUUGCUGGUGUUAUUCAACGUAGCAUCUUCAAACAAACAAAGAGAAAUCAUUUUUUAAUGGGAUUUACAAGUACCAGAAGAGGUUGAUUGAUC